CUGCGUGGGAGCUGCUGUGAGUCAACGGCGCCGUGCUUGGACGCUACUUUGCUCUCAUUUCCCCGCACAGAGUCCCACGAUCUAAAAGUCCCCCUUCUCCACCCCCCUCCCCACAAAGUUCUUUGACGAUGUUCGUGGCGGUGGAAAGCCGGCAGCUGUCGGAGAACGACCGCAGACUUUUAGCCAUGCAGGCCCUGUGCAGGACCCCCGACCCGGUGGCCUCCUUCCUCCCGGUGCUGGUGGACUCUCAGCCUCCGCUGCCUCCGCCGCCGCCGCCUCCUGCCGGCCCGGGCUCGCUUCCUCACGCCUCCUUCUCCUCCUCCUCCUCCUCCGGGUCAUCCUCAUCAUCAUCCGCGCGCAGGCCCGCCGCCCGCUGGAGCGCCAAGCCCCGAACUGGCCCGCAGAUUCAGAACGUGACGUCUUCGGUGAAGCUGGGUUGCGAUCUGGACCUGGAGUUCAUCGCUCGGAACUCGUGGAACGUGCAGCACCUGUCAACGGUCUUCAAGUCGCUCGUCAUGAAGAUCCGCAAGCCCCAGACCACGGCCAGGAUCUUCCAGUCCGGAAUCCUUUUCUGCACGGGAGCCAAGAGCGAGGACGAGUCUCGGGUGGCCGCCAGGAAGUUUGCCUUCAAAAUCCUGAAGCUGGGCUACCCGGUGCGCUUCCUGGACUUCAAGGUGCUCAAUAUCGGUGGCACGUGUAAAACGUUCCCCAUCAACCUGGAGGAUCUCUUCUUGGCCCACCAGGACCACUGCAGUUACGAACCGGAGCUGUUUCCUGCUCUGCAGUACAACUUCCGUCCCGGCAUGACGGCGUCCAUUUUUUCCUCUGGCUCCAUCUCACUGGUCGGGGCCAAAACGGAAGAUGAAUUCUACCGAGCUUUUUGCACCCUGGAUGGCAUCCUGAUCAACUUCAGGAGGACGUGAAGUCGACCCCGCUCGCGACGGUCACAUUCCGGGUGUGAGCAUGCAGCAUUAGCCACGCCGCCGUCGCUUACGCCGCCACCGAAGUAAAUCCAUAUUAUACAACAUUACAUCAUUAUAUCCCGAUUCCACUCGUCGCGUGACUAGUCUCGCCAACUUUGCUGUUGUCGCGUCAACAGUUGAAGCUGGAGCAAACUUUGAUUGACCAAAGUGUCGCUUUGAUGCUAAUGUGUGUUUUUUAUUUUUAGCUCGAAUGAUCAUCAACAAGUACAAGUUGCGUUGUGCUCGUUGACAAGCACUUGCUGUCUUCAUGUAAAGAUGUCAUAAAAGGUGACUGGAAAACAAAAAGAAGAGAAAGUGUUA